ACUCUCACUUCAGACCCAAAAUGGUGUUCACUCGCUUUGUGGAGCUCGGCCGCGUGGUGCUCAUCACAUACGGCCCCCUCGAGGGCAAGCUUGCCGUCAUUGUCAACAUCAUUGACCAGAACAAGGCCCUCAUCGAUGGCCCGUCGACCGUCAACGGUGUCGAGCGCCAGGCGAUCUCCUUCAAGCGCAUUGCGCUCACCGACAUUGUCCUGCCGGGUGUCACGCCGGGCAUGAACGUCAAGUCGCUCACCAAGAAGUGGGAGAAGGCUGACGCUCAGGCCAAGUGGGACGCGUCGUCCUGGGCCAAGCGCCGCGCUGUCCGCGCUGCCCGCGCCAAGCUCAACGACUUUGAUCGCUUCAAGCUCCGCAAGGCGCGCCGGAAGGUUGCCCACGCCCGGCACAUUGCCCUCAAGGCUGCCAAGGCUUAAACCCAACGAAAUCCCUG